GGCGAUUCUCACUUUCUUCUCCGGGGAAAAAUAUAUCUGGGGUGGAGGCUCGCCGUUUCGCAGCGCCAGAUUCGAGCUUCUCUCGCCGGAGGAGGAGGAGGGCGACCGACCCGACCGAACGAACGACCGUGCUUCGCGAGAGGCGAUUUCCGCGGGAGAGCAGAGAAUCCGACGCCGGAAGUCGCGCUCGGUGGUGGGUAGAGAGGGCGAGAGAGAGAGAGAGAGAGAGAGAGAGAGAGAGAGAGAGAGAAGGGGAGGGCGGCGAUGUCGAAGAAGAAGGCGUUCAGCGGCAGCACCAUGACGCUCAAGGACUUCCACGGCGGCUCCAUCCCCUCCGAUCUCCCCCUCCCGUCCGCUCCCGGCGUCACCGCGAGGCCGUCGGACCGUCCGGGAUUCGAGAGGCAGGCACCGUGGGGGAACCCUGUGGGCCGUCCUGAUGUCCGUGCUCGGCCGAACUCGUCCCCGGCGACCAGGCAUUUCGAUGACAAGUCGCCGUUCCUCAGUCAGACUAUGCCGAUCGGCCGGAAUUUCGACGAAGACGAGCGCAAGCCCCUCGAUGGAAUAUCGGCCCCGCGCCGGACGAUUAGCGAUGACAGCAUCCGGGUUUCUUCCCGUGUGGAGCUGAAGCCACAAUCUGCCACGGUGGGCAGGGUUCCGAGUCAGCAGGGCCAAUCUCAGGUUCUGCAAUUGCCGAGCCAUCCUCAUAGCCCCUACCUUGGAGUAGCUGCAGAGGGUGCGCCAUUGGGUAUUAGUUCGACAAGUGCAGGUGGGAAUAACAGGCCUGGAGUUCCUGGGUCUUCGCCGAAUGUCUGGGCGGCAAGGAAGGAGGCUGCAGGUGUCGGAGAGUCAUUGCAGUCUGCCUGGUCUGCUUCAAAUGCUGCUUCCAAACUGGUUCAUGUCAGUGCUCUUGAAAAGGUGUCAUCUGGUAGGUGGCAGUCAAAACCAACGGUUCCGUAUCAGGUCGAUGUGGAAGUCAGUAAGUUUGCGGAGGAAGAAAGUGAGUUAAUCACCAGGGGGGUUGAUGAUGGGAAGUAUAAAAGGAGCAAUGUGGUGGCUGUGAGGGAAAAUCAUGAUGCACCGCUGGCAAGGCAUGCGGAGAGGAAUUUGAAUAUUGCUGAAGGGGUUCAUGGUGGUAGGAAAGGAUUGCCAGAUCAUAUGAAGGUUGAGGAUCUAGUGUCUUCUGAUGGAAAAGAAAAGAACCCACUUAUUUAUUCUGAGUCUGUUAAACUGGUGCAUACAGAGGGUAAACUUGGUCAAUCUAGAGUGCAGCAACCAGUGCCUUCAGAAGCAUCAGAGAGGCCUAAGUUGAAGUUAUUUCCAAGGACAAGGCCAUUGGAGAGUUCUGAACCACCUUCUGCUGAACCUAAACCGGUGCAUCAGAGACCAAUUGAUUCGGUACACCCAGGAACAACUGAUGAAUUGCAGGGCAUAGUGAAUCCUGCGAAGCAUGCUUUACAUGGAACUGAAAGUGGGAGUCAGGUGGUAGAGCGUCCGAAAUUGACCUUGAAACCAAGAUCACAGCCCAUUGAAGGAAACGGUGAACGUGAUAGGAAUUCAGUGUUUGGUGGUGCUCGUCCACGAGAAUUGGUUCUUAGAGAGAGAGGGGUCGAUGAUGUUCCUGUCAACAAUCGCGAUUUGGGACCAAGUUCUGACAGGUUAAAAAAUGAUGUUCCAAGAACAGAGAGAGCUUCUGGGAAUGUUACACCUACCAAUUACAGCGAACAAUCUGAAAACCUUGUUAUUGAUCAGAGAAAUGGGAAGAAAUUUGAGAGGAAGGAUCAAAGGAUAGUUGAAAAAGAUGAUGCACAAAAGAGGAAUUGGCGCAAUGAGAAUCGUCGGAAUGGUAGAGAAGCAGAGAGGCAGCAGCCCCCUCAACAUCAACAGCAGCAGCCAGAGAGGCGGCCUUCUCCUGAAACAUGGCGCAAGCCAGUGGAGGAGCCACCAAAACCAGCUUCUCCGGAAGCAGGUGUGCGAUUCGGCAAAGCAGCUUCAGCUGUUGAGCUUGCUCAAGCAUUUUCUGGUUCAUUCUCGGGUCAGCCGUCAACUCCAAAGUUGCCUGGUCAAAAGGGUAUCCCUGCACAGCCGCAGAUGCCCUUCUCACGGCUUACAGGUCCCACUCCUCGCCCACAGAUCAAUGGUUACUGAAAUCCCUCCAAAUUUGGUGUGUGCACAUGCCUGAUUGCAGUGGUUGGGUGCCUGGAAGCAUUUCAAUUGAGCAUGUGCAGUGAAGCACAUGAUCCAGUGCUACUUAUUUUUCUCCAUUUUCUAUUUGUCCUCUCUUUUGAUUUAUGAUGGAGAACUUGCUGUAAGACAACCGGAUUCUUGCACUGAAGUCCUUGAAGGUUCUGUUUGCAACAUCAAUCGUCUCCUUAUCAGUCCACCUGAGAAAUUAAAUCCCUUGCGGUUCAUUGAAAUGCAGACGGGAUUACCGGUUAACCCAAGUCACAUGGGAGUGGAAUCAACGCUUGAGUUCACAAUUUGGAUGCAUGUGAGCUGGAUCUUAGAGGCUGCUUUGGUUCAUUUGAUAUAUGCAAGCUGGGUGAAAACUUGGUGAAAGAUCAGUUUAUUGAAUGAUGGGGAGUCUUACCCUUUUUAUACUGGAGUGUGAGCUUUUUGGUUGUUCUAGAACUAGCUGACCCUCAUAGAGGGAAAUCUAUUGCCUUGACAGAAUUUAUCACUAACGUGACAGAAUAAACAAUGUCAGUGUGGAUUCAUGUGAAUCUUCUUGUUUUGUUUUGUUUGGUUAUUUUUUGAGUGAUGCGGAUCCUACAUUAUCUGUGAAUUAUAAUCAGUCUAAUUAAAGAUUAAA